UUGUGCUGUUCACAUCUGCUAGCACCUCAUGUCAGACAGCAACGGAUCAUAACAGAAUAAUAAGUUAACCUUUACACAAUUUGUUUUUCUUUUUGUUUUGCUCUUGACUGAAAACAGAUUCAGCAAGAUGAAGGGGACUCAAACUUUGUAUCUGCUUUAUAUCUCAGGAUUUUGCUCCUUCGCACUGGGAUCUUCAGAUUUUCACCUUAUAAACGUGUCUAAGACCUACGCAGAAGCAAAGGCCUACUGUAGAGAGAUGUACACAGACUUAGCUACGAUUCAUAACUCAACAGAUAUGAAUAAUUUGAUCAGUUUAGUUUCAAAUGACGUUAUCAGAGCCUGGAUAGGACUGGAGGCUGGAGAUGUGUGGAUGUGGCAUUGGUCCUGGCCUGAUCAAAAACUGGAUUAUUUUAACUGGAAGAAGGGAGAACCAAAAACAAAUAAUAAAGACGCCUGUGCAGAAAUGGAUCAACACGGCGAGUGGAUUGAAAGUGACUGUAGAAAUGGAAAAAGUUUUGUUUGUCAUGGCAACAGUGAUGACAGCGCUCUCAAAUUUGUUGCUGAGGCCAAAUCAUGGAGGGAUGCUCAGAAUCACUGCAGGAGCUUGUCGUCUGAUCUCAUCAGCAUACACUCAGCGGAGGAGAAUGCGGCAGUACGUAAUGUGUCUUUCUCACAAAAUGUGUGGAUUGGCCUCUUCAAAGAUCCCUGGAAGUGGUCUGAUGGGAGCAAUUCAUCAUUCCGGUUCUGGAAACCAUAUAAACCAAGUAACUUACAAGAUCAGGACUGUGUUCUUGCUGUGUUCAGAGACGGAGGGAAGUGGAAUGACCGGAAAUGCAGCAUCACGCCCAAAUUUGUUUGUCGUGGGGCAAGGAAAUCAAUUCCAACAACCACCAAUCAAACAAGUACCCUUCCGAUCACUUCAGAGGUCAUGACAACAUUACAUCUGACUGUGGCUACUGAGAAUCAAACCCCGGCUAUUAAUGUCACCAUGGAAGAAACAACGUCUACCGGUGGACUGACAACACCAAAUACCACAGAUCUUGUGUCAAAUAUGUCAAGCACUGAGCUCAACAAUGCAACAACAGUAAUGUCAACUACGACAGCAACACAGCAACCUUCCACAACUAUUGCACGAGUUACUACAGACGGUGUCUCUACAUUAACAACACUGAUGGGGACUUCGGCCUUGACCACUACACAGGCCUCGACCACUACACAGGCUUCUACUCUAAAGACCACUGAAAACAGUCAAAGCUUGUCUACAGGAAACCUGAUAUUAAUUCAGGAAAAUAUGACAUGGAUUGAAGCUCUGGGUUACUGCAGGGAGCACCAUACUGACCUUGUCCACAUUACCGCUGAGGACAUUCAGGGGAAGGUGGCUGAAAAGGCAAAGAACGCCACAUCCCCCCAUGUUUGGUUAGGUCUACGCUACACUUGUAAAUUUAACUUUUGGUUCUGGACUGAGUCAACUGCUGGCUGUUACCAGAACUGGGCCCCGGGACAAGGAUCUGAGGGGGAAUAUGACUGUGGUGUUACAGGUGCUAUUGAGGCCACUGGGAGGCAGCAAUGGGUCGGCUUGCCUGAGACAGAGAAACUGAAUUUCAUCUGCUACACAUGUGCUGGAUGAGUGUGGAGGGCCAGACCACAGUGUUGUUGCUGCAGCUCUCAUAAAGCUGUAUGGACAAACUUCACAUUUGUUCUGGUUAUGCAAACUUUGCUGUUUCAAAAUGAUAUAUAUUUUUUUGCAAUUGUGGAUUCAACAUUAAAUACAAUGUUUUUCACAAUUUAACAGAUAUCAUGGUUAUUUUAAUGCUCACUUAUGACGUCAUACUUCUACCUUUGUUAAAAUACAGCUGCCUUCUCUAUUGUUGAGAGUGAAUUUCAUUAGAUAUGAAAACCUCAUGUGGUGUGUAGGCGUGCACAUUCACAGUCAUGGGCAGCAAGAGUAAUGUGAGAACAUUGAUCUGCUCUAUGCCUUUCACUCAGGGGUUACUAUUUGCAUCUUGACCCCCUGGGUUGGGCCCCAACAUUGUCUUUUUCAGGCCACCAGAGUGUGGCCCCAAUCCAGACUGCUUGCUGCCCUCGCUGACCUGACCUUCACUAUCAGCCACAUGGAAGACAGAGCUCGCAGACGCUCACCUUCCUGUCUGCACCCUUGAAGUACAAGGACCAUCUACAACCACGGGAAACGAUACAACAUAUGAAUCUUAAAAUGCAUCUGUGUAUUUAUAUUUAAUUUUUUUGUUCACGUUUCUCAACACAAACCAAACUUAUUUGAAAUGUGAAAUUUAUGACUCCAGAAACAUGUUUGACCGGGCUUUAACUGUCAUUUAGUACAUGGUAAAGGAAUACGUCACCCACAAAAUGACCAUUUGUAUAUCAGUUAGUCAUGCUAUGUCUCCAUAUAAAAUGGCAACAUAUUAUUUUAUUAAUUGAUUGGGGACUACAAAACAUCCAUUUACAAAAUCUCACACAACUUGUGCAGUAUAA